AAGUACAUAAAUUAAUACGUAUAAAUAAAAACGUGUAUCAAAUAAAGCUAUCAAAUUAGAUUACUACUAUACACGAAACAGUGUAUUAUGUUUUCAUUAUGAAAUUGGAUUAAUACUCUAUUUAAAUGGAUACUAAUAAUUUAAAAUUGGAAAAACAUAAUGACCCACAAUUAUUUUAUUUUAAUUAGAACAUUUCAAAAUUCUGUCUAGAUAUUUAAUUACCUUCUACUUUAAAUUUAAUCAUAACUAUAAUAUAUUACUUAAUAUAACCAAGAAAAUAACAUUAUCAAAACUACAGGAGGAUCCUCGCAAAAGAGGAAGCGAGGCCGACCACGUGGAUCACUUAAUAAACCAAAAGGUAUAUAUUUACUACCCAAAAUAGCUAAUCCUAAGAGAAAUUGUCUUAUCCCAAUUAUUAAACUGUGUACAUUUUCAGUUCAUCUGGUAAAUGACCGACCAUCAUUCAAACCAACAUAUUACGACUGUAAGUAUAUAUGGAUCAUAUUAUUAUAUCUUAAACCAAACUUAUUCAUCAAACAAACUAACUUCCCAGACUUAUUUUAACAGGUGGCUGUGAUAACUGCGACUCUUACAUCAAGCAGAAAAAUGCACGUAAUAUGAGAAAGGCCAUUUUGCUAUCCAAACGAACGUCGGCAUCGUCACGCGGUACGCAUAAUGGCUGAUAAAAUCUAUUUCGAUUUAUUACAUUUCUGAUUCAAAUUUACGUUGUUUCUAUAUAGAUACAAAUGCUCCACGAAAUCCACAAGGAACGCGUCGCACUCAACCAAAAAAGAAAGGUGCAUACUACUUAAACCCCUAUAUUUCCCAGAAAUAUAUAUAUAUAUAUAUAUAUAUAUAUUUAAUUUCCAAAAUAUAUUUUUUCAGCGUAAUGGUGUUUCUAAAAAUCAACUAAUUUCAAUUUUCAAAACUAAUUCAUUUUAACAAAUAAUUUUUUUUAAAAAAACAAAUUACUAAAGAAAACAAAUAAAAAACUUUUUUACGAAAAUAUAAAAAAACAAAUUUCUAACCCUCCGUUAAACUCUCAAGAUUUCAAUAAACUAUUAUUUAACAAUUCGUAAUAAACAUUUUCAGAAAAAGGUUCCACAUCCCGGCUAGAUGAAAACCAAAUCGUACCAUGCUCAAAAUGUGGUGCAUUAAUGUGGACUUCUGAAAGCACUGCUACAGACCCACGAACAGGUGAACCAACUUUCACCCUUUGCUGUAACCAUGGCCAAAUCAAGCUUCCACCGAUCAACCGGCCGCCAGCCCUGUUAGAAAAACUUCUUCAAGCCAGAUGGUUUCGAGAUACUAUCCGAGUCUAUAAUUCUGUCCUUGCUUUUACAUCCGUUGGAAUGAAAAUGGAUCAUAGUGUCGUCCACGCACCUGGUCCUUAUACUAUACGGAUCCAAGGUCAAACCCACCACAGAAUUGGCUCCCUCAUACCACGACAAGGCUGUCUCCCAGAAUAUCUCCAGCUUUACAUAUUUGACACGGCCAACGAACUCAAAAACCGCCUAAACGCGAUGGGGCAAACCUCAGCAGAAGGUAACCUCGAUGAGCCAACGUUAGCCCUCCUCAUCGAGAUGAUUGACGAGAACAAUUGUCUGGCAAAGAUCUUUCGUCGUGCACGAGACCACUACGAAAGCGUUGGGUCAGAGUUUACUAUUAGGUUAGUCCAAGAUAAAGGGAAGGGGAAGGAAUAUGAUCUUCCAACUACAAGCGAGGUGGCAGGUCUUAUCGUGGGGGAUAUAACAUCAACAAUUGGAGAACGAGAUAUAGUGGUUCAGUUUCAAUCUGACACUCUGCAGCAGAUACGUGACGAUCACCCUCUAUAUAUGAGCCUCCAAUACCCUCUUUUGUUUCCGUAUGGUGAAUACGGGUUUCACCCAGAAAUUCCCCUGCAUCUUGAGACAGGCACUUCAAGAACAAGGCAAUUCGUGACCAUCCGUCAAUACUACGCUUCUCUAAUCCAAACACGUCCUAACCAAGGAAUGACGUUGAUUAAAGGCGGUCGUCUCCUCCAUCAGUUUAUUGUGGACGUUUAUACAGCGAUUGAAGAAGACCGACUGAGGUGGGCGAGAAAUAACCAAGAAAUCUUGCGGGCUGAGCUCUACAGCAAUGUCCUUGAUGCUGUAAGUAAAGGUGACACUGAUGCUAAAAUUAUCGGCCAGAGAUUUAUACUGCCCCCAAGUUUCACCGGAGGCCCCCGGUACUUGGUUGAGAAAUACCACGAUGCUAUGGCUAUUUGCAGAGAAUUCGGCAAUCCAGAUUUGUUUAUCACAAUGACAGCCAAUCCAAACUGGAGCGAGAUUAAAGAACAUCUUCAGAAAUACGGUGGAGAUUCUCCUAAUGAUAGACCGGAUAUUGAAUGUCGGGUUUUUAAGAUGAAGCUAGAUCAACUGCUCAAGGAUUUCAAAGCAGGCACUUUUUUCAAGCCAUAUAAGGCAGCUCUCCACCGAAUAGAGUUUCAAAAAAGAGGUCUCCCUCAUGCACAUAUAUUAUUGUGGUUAGGAAAUUCUACCAGAACACCAAGUGCAGAAGAAGUGGAUGAAAUAAUUUCGGCCGAGCUCCCCAACAGAGAGAAAGACCCAGCUGCUUACGACUUAGUCACGAAACACAUGAUCCACGGUCCAUGUGGACACUUCAAUCCGAAGUCACCAUGUAUGGAAAACAAUGUGUGCACGAAAAAGUAUCCUCGGCCGAAUAACGAUAACACUUCGAUUGACAAAUCCGGGUAUGUGUUAUAUCGUCGACGCCGAAAUAAAGAUCCGGGUACAGUUAAGUCUGGAGCUGUACUAGACAACACUUUCGUCGUGCCUCAUAACAUUAACCUUCUGAAGAAGUACGAAGCUCAUAUUAAUGUUGAAUGGUGUAAUCGGACAAGCGCGGUGAAAUACUUAUUCAAGUACAUAACCAAGGGCGUUGACCGAGCAACCGCUGUUAUUGAGAAAGGAAAUACAGCAACUACAUCCGACGCCACAGGAUCCGGAGGAUCAAAGGAGAAAGUCCUAAGGCAACGCAAUGAGAUCCAAGACUACAUUGAAGCCCGAUAUUUAUCAGCUUGUGAGUCUAUGUGGCGGACUUUCGCAUUCCACAUACACAAAAGAAAGCCGUCAGUUGAAAAGCUUAUCAUUCACUUGGAAGGCGAACAUAAUAUUACGGUUAAAUCAACAGACAACCUCGGUCGGGUAAUCCACAAACCGGGUAUCGAGAAGACGAUGUUCACAGAGUGGAUGGUUUUAUGCAGAAGGUCAGCGUUUGCCCGAACACUGACAUAUGUGCAGAUUCCUGAAUAUUUUGUCUGGAACAACAGUGCUAAAGUGUGGACUGAGCGUAAGAGAGGAAAAACAAUUGGCCGAGUCGUAGCUGUCCAUCCUUCGGCAGGCGAUCGAUACUACCUGAGGGUCCUCAUUAAUAAGAUCAAGGGUCCUAGAAGUUACGACGAGCUAAAAACAUACAACGACGUUAAAUACCCGGACUUCAAAUCAGUUUGCCAAGCACGAGGCCUUUUGGACGACGAUGUUGAAUGGCUCGAGAGUAUGUCGGAGGGUGCUCGAACGGCCAGCCCAUACCAGCUUCGUGAUAUGUUUGUCACAUUCCUAAACAACUGCUUCGUCGCAAGCCCUAAAGGACUAUGGGAACACUCAUGGAAAUCAAUGAGCGAGGACAUACUUCACAAGAGGCAAAGGAUCUUAGGCCACGCGAAUCUGGAACUGGACGAUAGUACCCUGGAGCAAUACACAUUGAUAGAAGUUGAAAAGCUGAUGCGCAUGCAAGAUCGCUCCUUAAACGAUUUUAAGGAUAUGCCGAAGAUCAAUCCUGUUUUGCUCAAGGAACUGGGGAACAGUUUGUGGAACCAAGAAAUGGAUUACGAUGUUGCGGAGGAAACACUAAGACAUGACAAGCAAUACAAAUUGCUCAAUGCUGAGCAACUUGCAAUCUAUGAAUCAGUCUUAGACUCGGUUGACAAGAAAGAAGGAAAACUUUUCUUUGUAUAUGGCGCAGGGGGCACAGGAAAAACAUUCUUAUACCAGACUAUUAUAUCCAGACUUCGGUCAAGAAAACAAAUUGUUCUACCAGUGGCUUCUUCGGGAAUAGCCGCAUUGCUACUACCAAACGGGAGAACAGCUCACUCUCGCUUCAAUAUUCCAUUGAAGCUCGACGAAGAUAAGCUUUGCAACAUCAAACCAGGUACAAUGCUUGCUGAGUUAAUUGAGGAAACAGACCUCAUAAUUUGGGAUGAGGCACCGAUGACACACAAACAUGCUUUCGAAGCAUUAGACAAGUCGUUGAAGGAUAUUAUGUCUAUCAAAAAUCCACCCGCAAAGAAUCAGCCUUUUGGUGGCAAAACAGUUAUGUUAGGUGGUGAUUUCAGACAGAUCCUACCAGUCAUUCCGCAAGGUAGAAGAGCUGAUACUGUACUUGCUUCGAUAAGCCAUUCAUAUCUAUGGAAUAGCUGCCACAAGUUCUCUUUGAAAACAAAUAUGCGAGUCAAUCAGGAUGAGAAAGAGUUUUCUGAAUGGCUUCUCACAGUCGGGGAAGGUCGUCUAGAAGAAGAACAAGAAUAUGAGGGGGAUGGGUACAAUGACCAACUCAUAGAUAUCGAUGACUCAUUGAUUUGUCAGAGUUUUGUUGACCCAUUGAAAGAAGUUGUUGAUGCUGCAUAUGGACAAAUCAGCAGCCCUAUGAAUUCCAAGACUUCCUACACCGAUAAAGCUAUCCUAACACCCCGUAACGAAACCGUUGAUGAAAUCAAUGCUUAUACCAUCUCACGGACCGAAGGGGUAUCAAGAGAUUACUACAGCUCAGACAGCUUCGAGUUAUCAGAUACUACAUCAGAUCAAAAUGAUACACUAUACUCCAUUGAGUAUCUUAACUCAUUGGAAUACUCGGGUUUGCCUUCGCACAAACUUACUCUGAAAGUUGGUGCCCCAGUUAUGCUUCUCAGAAACAUAAAUCAGAAAAAAGGAUUAUGCAACGGUACUCGGAUGAUCCUAACCCACGUUGGUGAACGCGUUCUGAAGGCCGAGAUCAUCACUGGAUCCCACAUUGGAGAAGAGGUCUUGAUCCCAAGAAUUGUGCUUUUGUAUGAUGAAGAAAUUACCGUUCACAUUACGUCGGCGGCAAUUUCCUAUCAGAUUGUGCUACGCAAUGACAAUCAACAAAAGCCAAGGCCAAAGCUUAAAAGAGGUCAUCUUAUACCUGCCUAA